AUGACGAUCUGCACGGCACACCGCCUCCAACGGCGCGCUACCGACAAUCCGGCAACUAUAAUUGGUGUAUUCCUUUACUGGAGUGACCGCGAAGCUUUCCUGAAGGCUCGCCCAAAUCUACGUGGCUCCAAGAUGAGCGUCAGAACGGAUCUACCACCAGAGCUAGAGAUGAAGAGAGGGGCAUUAGCACACACAGCGUACGAGAUCCGCCGUGAUGAAAAGAUACAAACAAGAUUGCGAGAAAACGGUGUCGACAUCUGGGGCAUGACGUAUUCAUACACGAAUAUCAGCGACGUAAAGGAGGGCACAAUCGUCAAUGUGUGGGGCGUUGUGAAGUACUACAAACCACCUCAGCGCAGCAGGGGAUCAGAUGUUCAUAUGAUGCUUUCCUUGGUCGAUCCUUCCUGCAUUGAUGCGGGCAAAUUGAAAUGCAGCCUGUUCUGUCAAAACGAGGAAGCCCUACCCAAGGUCACGGAGGUCGGCCAGAUUGUGAGAAUGCAUCGAGUCAAGACUCCCUGUGUUUCCUUACAGAUUAGCAUGUUUAACCACAACGUUCAGGCGCAGACCGGGGUCGGGUUUGCAUGUCUUGUAUUCACUAGUGGGGUCGACACACCGGUCGUGCCAGAGACGGGGAGCCAGACUUACACACUAGGUGACGCGGACAAAGAGAAGGUGAAGCAACUCAGGCGCUGGUAUGCAGAUGUGAGAAAUAAAGUGAAUGAUA